AUGAUGAUGAAGAAGGCCUUCUUUCCAUCAACCAUUCUCUUACUUACACUUUUCUCUACUCUAUCUCAUGAUGCUUUGGGUUCUGUUGAUGCUCUCCUAAGAUGGAAAGCAAGCCUUCGUAGCCAUAACACCACCAUCCUACUUCCUUCAUGGACAGAUCAAAGCACCAUGUCUGGAUGCAGCUGGUAUGGGGUUUCAUGCGACGCCCAUGGCAGCAUACGUAGAUUGAACCUUUCUUCUUCUGGUUUAAUCGGUACUCUUGAUCGAUUCUCCUUUUCGUCGUUUCCCAAUCUUACCCAUUUCGAACUUAGUUUAAACUACUUUUCUGGGAUCAUCCCAUCUGAAAUCAGUUACCUGUCAAAUCUUGUGUAUCUUGAUUUUUCUUCUAAUCAAUUCUCCGGAACAAUCCCACCAGAAAUUGGACACUUAAGAAAACUUGACACCCUCCACCUGUUUGAUAAUCGGUUUAUCAGUGGUUCGAUCCCAGAAGCUAUAUGA